AUGGUCAACUACAAGAGGAUCGUCUGCGAGGCCGCGGUGCUGGCUGCCCUACUUAGUUUAGCAGCAGCAGCACCUGUCCCUGACUGCGAAAAGUCAGAGAAACACUUCGAUCAGAGGCAGAACGGUACUGAAAAUUAUCGCUUGAACAUCGACGGAGUCGUCAUUGCUGUAGCCCCGGCUGAAUCCCUCCUAGCUGCUGCGUCAGAUAUAGAUCUUAGUGAUCUUCUUGAUAUCGAAGACUUCAAUGAAUUGAAGCCUAAGCCACCGAACAAGCCGAUACGCCCGAAGCCAGAAGAUGAUAAGCCGUUGGAGAAACCUGAUGAAAAACCUGAAACGCCACUAAGUGACGUCACGCUCACCAAUGAGGUGAAGCAGAAGAAGGAUGCCUCACAGCGUAAUAAAGAGAAGUCUCAAAGAUUAAAGUAUCGUCUUGCCAGCAUGCUCUUACCACUUUUGAGAAGAAACCGGAACCACUAA